UUGUCCUGCUGUUUAUGGCACUAAAUUGAGAUGGAGUCGGGUCCGUCAUUCUUCUUAUAUAUCACUCUAUCCAUGUGUCCCGGAAGGUUGAUGCCUUCCAGGCCAUGUACGACUCGGAGCAACACUAGCAGGAACAUUUGAUGCCUUGCCAUGUAUGCAUCAUCCCAAGGACAAAGCAUGUCACGUCGCAGGAUGCAUCACCGCAGUGCUAGCCCGCGACGACGCCCGGUACAUGGUGACGGACAGGUGACCCGGGCAGCGUGCACCCCGCCGGGAUUCGAAAGUUGGCCCAGCCUGCAUGAAGGACCUAUUAUCCUCCCGCUUUGCAUGUGCCAGGAUGGCCUUGGUGUCAAUGGGGCGGUUGCUUCCAGGACGAAGGUGUCCAUACGGCCUUGCUCUCACCGCACAACCUUGUUCUUCCUCCCCGUGACCGGUUCUCUCCACCCCGCGAACUUCUUCUCCCUCUCACGACUUUCUUCGAACGGGCGACCCAGUCAGCUUCCAAGUCUGUCGAAACAUUUGAUCCAAGCUUCGCCGGUCUUUCAAGCAGCUUUGACUGGGGGUUGGAAAGAAAGCACGCACAGGAACAGCGAUGGGUUUUACGAGAUCAACUACCCACGGCAUACUUCGUCGUCGGCUUCUCAUUUACGAUUUUUGACCGACACCUUUCGACUCAAAUGCGUCAGCUGGCACUGACAGUCACGCGCGCCAGCAGAAGAUGCCUGGUAUUUUGGUAACAAGAACAAGGGUGAGUCCAUGAUAGCUUUAAGACUAAGACUGUUGUUGACUUUGCUCCGGCAAUUAAGACGUCGCCCAAGCCGAUUCGACACCAG